AUCACGGAGGACGCACACGCUUUUUACGCGUUACGCACGAUCGGCCGCUGACCGCUGGUUCGAGCUUUAAAGGAACAAAAAAUAAAGAAAAAAGAAGAAAGAGUGGAUGAGCUGCGGUUUGGAGAGUCCCGAGAAGAAGGAGGAGGGUUGUGUUUAUGUUUGUAGUUUUUUGUGAAUGGAGAUGAUCCGUGCGUAAAAAUCUGCUGAUCGUUCAGAGCAGAGCGUCACUCCCACACCUGUUGGCAGGUGGUGUUGGCUUCACUCGCGGACUUCUACUAUGACAUUGGGUUUGGACAUCAUGGAGGAUGUUGUUAUCGACGUGGUGGGGGAAGGAGGCAGAGACAGCGCAGAGGAGCAGCUCUUACCUUUGGAUGAGCAGGAACGCAGCGCGGAGACGUGUAGCAGCGCGAGCACGGAGCGGGACUCCUUCAGUCCUCCCGUUAAAAGCAAAUCUCCGUCCUCCGUGAAGCCUCCGUACUCCUACAUCGCUCUCAUCACGAUGGCCAUCCUGCAGAGUCCGAAGAAGCGGCUCACCCUCAGCGAGAUCUGCGACUUCAUCAGCCACCGCUUCGCCUACUACCGGGAGAAGUUCCCGGCGUGGCAGAACUCCAUCAGACACAACCUGUCGUUAAACGACUGCUUCGUGAAGAUGCCCAGAGAGCCAGGAAACCCCGGGAAAGGGAACUACUGGACCCUGGACCCCAACUCCUCGGACAUGUUUGAGAACGGGAGUUUUCUGCGGCGAAGGAAGCGCUUCAAGCGGCAGCAUUUUCGCUUCGACCCCCUGAAGGAGCAGCACCUGGAGCGCAGCGGGGUGCUCGGCUUCCCUCACGGAGCGUACGGCCUCCAGCUGCCCGGGCUGGACCUUUACCCCUACCUCCACCACCCCCCGCCCUCCCCGUGCACCUCCAUCCCGCCUGUGAGCAGCCUGCUGCCGGCUCUCUCCAGCUUCUUCUCCCGCAGCGCGCUCACAGCCAAGGCCUUCCUGCAGUCCCAGCCCGGGAUGGACGCCUUCUCCGCGGCUCAGUGCGCGCCCUACUCCCCCCCUCUCACCUCCAGCGUGGCCUACGCCUCCCCUGCGCUCCUCCACCCCGCAGCAUCCCCGCACCUCCUCUCUUUACAGCAGGAGUACCACAAACUACGGACUCACAGCGAGCUCAGCAAACACAUCUGCACCGAGAACAGCGACUAAAGAGCAGCAGGACUUUGACUUUUCUCAGGUAACAGAGACUCUCUGAGCAGAGACAGAGCUGGAGAAAUCUGCUUUAAAGACAUGCUGUAAAUAUUUUUAAAACUCUCCAUCCUUCUUAAAAAAAAACCUCUGAGCUUUUUACAUUUUGAU